AUGGAAAAGAUAGACAAACUCUUCAACAAAAUCAGGGAUGUUGACGAGUGUUAUGGAAGGUAUCUUUCACUCCGAGAUGAGAAGGUUGGGCGAGAGAAGGAAUUAGAUCGAAUAGAGAAGGAGAUCAAGAGAACUGAUUCUAUAAGCCUGGAGAAGGAAAUAAAGAAGAUUGGUGAUGAAUACCAAAACAUCCUUGAAGAUAUAGAAAAGCUCUCCUUGGGUUCUAAGGAAUGCAGAAGUAUAAGCGAUCUAGAGGCAAUUUUUUCUAAGAUUGCUGAUGGAGAUGUGGUACUAAAGAAAUCGCUGGAAUUUCUUAAUCACUCGAUUGCUCUCAAAUAUAUUAACUCUUGUGGCUCCGGGGAGGUGGAGGACCUAGAGAGCGGGCAUGGCGACGGGCCGAUGGUUUUCAAGAUAGGAAAGGAUGUGGAAACCCUUUUCCAGCUUUCAGCCAGAUACAUGGAAAUACAAGAAAAAUGCUACUUUUCAUUAAGGUCAAUAGUACACAAGAAUAUGCUAAACAUUGUGCCUAUUGGCAUAAAGGUCUUUCAAGAUGACUUGUCGCUGUUUUUUGUAUUUAAAGGCCAAUCCGGAGAUCUUUCCCACUGUGAGUUGGUAGGAAAAGCUAUAAUGGGUUUAGAGGAGAUUUCGAAGUAUGAAAUGAUGUCUCACGUGAUAUUUGGGGUUUUAAGGGACAAUAUGAAGAAUGCAGUUGUGGAAGAAGACCUCUCCGACGAAUCGAUAGAAGCAAGCAAUGCCUUCUUCCGAGAUACAGAAUUUUACAUUCACAAUGUUGUCGAGUGGAAGCUUGAUGUUGUCAUGAAGGAAAUUAUCGAGAUGACAAAGGGACCAAGGGACAUGGAGGCCGUCAAAACCUUUGAACUUUCCAAUCGAAUGCCAAAAUCCAUCUCUGCAAGCUAUAAAAGAUUUCAAAAAUGCUUUGAAGUAUUCAGAAAGUUGAAGUCAAAGAGACAUGAGAAGGGAGUAAGAGUUAUUAAUAGAGCGAUAAAGAAGCUAUUUGAUCCGAAGAGAUAUGAGCCCUCCAUUUACAGCUAUUUUAUUGAGUUUGCUGACAUAACGCAUUUCUUGAGGGUUUAUCCUGGGCAUUGCCUUGCCGACGAGUUGUCCAAAAGAAAAGAGGAACUAUUCUUUGACGUCAUCAAGGAAUCAUCAAGGAUCAAUGUAGCCCUUGACGAGCCCUUAGUAACUCUCAAACUCUAUUUUAAAGAAAAGCAUGUGGAGUUUGUUGAAAACAUGGAGUUGUUUGUACCUGAAAUUAAUAUGAGUCUGUUUGAAAUCCAAUUUUUUGAGAUGCUUGGUGAAAACUUGAUGAAGAAAAUCCAGGAAUUGAAAAUGGCAAAGAGAAGUACUAUUGAAAACCUUCCAAUAUUGAUUGAUUACAUCCUUGAUCUCUCCUUCCACCUUCCUGCAGGAGCUAUAGGAAGCCAAGGGAAGUUGAAAUCUUACAAACAAGUGCUAUCUUCAAAUAGGGCGGAAGUGAUUGAAGGAUAUAGAAAUGGUAAGCUUUUUAUCUCCUCAGAAGAGUUUAUUUCUCUCUGCUCGUUGGUUUUUCAAGAAUCUGAAGACAAAAAACUUUUAUUGAGUGAAAUUGAAAAUAAGUAA